GAAAUAGAAGAGAGCGUAGUGACACCUCAUUUGAUGUUGUUAUUCACCAAUCUGGUUCCACUUCCAGUUAGUUGUUUUUGCAAGAAACGCAUUGACUCACUUCGCUGGUAUGGCUACCACGCUUUGGACACCAAUCUACAAUCUCAAACUCCAACUCCAAACCACUACUACUACUACUACUACUACUACUACUACAACACACUCCCAUAAACUAGUAAACGCAAACCCCUCUAGAGCUACGCAGCGUCGUUUUGGUUCCGCAAUCAGAAUCCGUUGCAGCAACUCUAACAACUACAACAACACAAAACCACCCCAAUCUGAGUCCAUUCAAGUUUACUCGCAAAUCGAGAGAUUACUCACGGAUUCUGUUAGACAAUCACAGGGUGCAUGGUGGAGUUCCGCAGACUGGACUGAAGUUGAGGGAUCAUGGGUUCUCAAACCCAAAAGCUCCAAACCCAAUUUCGUUGUACACUUUGUCGGAGGUAUAUUUGUUGGAGCUGCUCCUCAGCUCACCUACCGAUGGUUUCUUGAGCGUCUCUCCGAAAAGGGUGUAUUGAUCAUUGCGACGCCAUACGCUAGUGGGUUUGAUCACUUCCUCAUUGCAGAUGAAGUACAGUUCAAAUUUGAUAGGUGCUACCGCUUACUGCAAGAAACAAUCCAAGACCUUCCUAUUUUUGGUGUUGGCCAUUCCUUGGGUUCGCUUGUCCACCUUCUGAUUGGAUCAAGAUAUGCAGUGCAAAGGUCUGGAAAUGUUCUCAUGGCAUUCAAUAACAAGGAAGCAAGUUCAGCUGUCCCUUUGUUCUCUCCAGUUCUUGUUCCAAUGGCUCAAAGCAUUGGUCCACUUCUAUCAGAUAUUUUUUCUUCACCAACUCUACGAGCAGGGGCAGAGAUGACUUUGAGACAAUUAGAAAAUGUUAGCCCUCCCAUUAUGAAGCAAGUUCUUCCUUUAGUUGAGCAGCUUCCUCCAUUGUAUAUGGACUUGGUCAAGGGAAGAGAGGAUUUUAUUCCAAAGCCAGAGGAGACACGUCGACUUAUAAAAUCAUACUAUGGUAUAUCCAGAAAUCUUCUGGUUAAAUUCAACGACGAUUUGAUAGAUGAGACUUCAAUUCUAGCACAGGUGCUUAGUUCAGAAUCAGCCAUUAGCUCAAUUCUAGACAUGUCAAUACGCAAGUUGCCUGGAGAUCACGGUCUUCCAUUGCAGCAGGCCCUACCAGAUGUUCCACCAGCCAUGGCUGAUGCAGUUAAUCGUGGAAGCGAGCUUUUGUCAAAUCUUACUGUAGGAACACCAUGGGAGACAGUUGCCAAAGAAGUAGGGAGCACACUAGGCAUGGAUUCGAAAGUCCUUCGUUCCCAAGUAUCAAAGGAGAUGGAUCUGCUUGUGGAUGUGAUAUCAUCCUGGAUAGCCUCCAAUGCAGGGCCUAAACUUCUGAGGCCAUAAGGUCACACAACUAAAAAAUUCAUCAAUAAUGCAAAUAGAAAAGAUGUAUUGUAGAAAUGUAUAGGUUUAUUGAAGUUGGCAUUAACACUUGUUCCAUCCUCUCUUGUAUAAUGUCAAUCAUAUUAAUCAAUACGAGAAAGCAAAUAGAACUCUGCAAAUCACCCGUUGCUGUAAAAGUAUAAUCUACAUUGUGACGGAAAUAGUUGUGAUAUUGAAAUUAUUAGUUUUUUUUUUCUGUA